CACCCGUGGAGAAUCGCACUGUAAAGUUUACGUUUGUUGAACAGCCGGGAGAGGGGUGACCGAGAACACAGUUUCCGGAAAUGUCGAAACGUUUUGCUCAGACGCAGCAGGGCCGACCACGCAGACCGUGCAGGUGAGACGGGGACGAUGGAGCAGACGAAGUGACGGAGGGAGGGGCGAGUCUUGGCAGUCAGGGAGAUGCGGCGGGGAUGGAAGACCCUCGCCCUCCUGGGCGUCAUCAGUUUCGUCAUCGGAUACACCAUAUAUUGGAAUGGGGACAACGUGAGGAACACGAUCAUCUCGAUGAAACAAGCCGCUGCUUUUGGGUUCGUCUCUACUCCGUCCCACCCCUUCCACGUCAACUGUACUGCGCUGUUGCUAGGCAACAAGACAGAGAUAUACAACGCCAUCAUGUACAAACAGGUUCCGGCCAGUCGCGGCGCUCUACCGCCCAUACAGUCAUGUGAAACGUUCAAACAGAGGUACAUCCUGAAUGUCAGUGACGAAGAGAUAGAUUUCCCCAUUGCCUUCAGUAUCCUGGUGUAUAAGAACAGUCAUCAAGUGGAGCGACUUCUCCGGGCAGUGUACCGUCCGUCCAAUGUCUACUGCAUCCAUGUUGACACAAAGUCAACGGCCAUGUUGGAAGAUAUGCGCCGCCUAGCGGCGUGUUUUGACAACGUGUUCUUGUCUUCCCGACGAGUGAAUGUGAAAUGGGGAACCUUCUCCGUCCUUGAACCGGAACUGAUAUGCAUGGAAGACCUCUUGAAGUACCGGAAGUGGCGCUACUUCAUCAACUUGACUGGCCAGGAGUUUCCACUCAAGACCAACUACCAGCUCGUCAAGAUCCUUCAGGCGUACAGGGGAGCUAAUGACGUCUCAGGCACCACCACAAGAUACAAUGAGAACAUACGGCGUUUCUGGAGAGCAGGCACGGCUCCACACGGUCUCCGUCCUGUCAUCGGUUCUGUCCACGUCGUUGUCAACAGGAACUUUGUCAACUUCUCCGUGCACGACCCUAUAGCCAAAGAUCUACAGAAGUGGCUAAGGUUCACUAAAAUACCAGACGAAGCAUACUUCCCAACUCUCAACUACAGCCCCCAACUCAACAUCUCAGGGACAUCCAGGGCUGCUCCUCGCCUUGAACCAUUCCUUGCUCGAUAUAAGAACUGGGAUCACGGCAUACUGGCUUACAAAGACGAUUGCCAAGGCAAGUACCUGAGGGAGAUCUGCGUGCUGGGGGCGGGCGACUUCGCCCAGCUGACCACGAAGAGACAUCUGUUCGCCAACAAAUUCGAGGAGGAUUUCCAACCCGCUGGCUUGUCGUGUCUGGAGGAGUGGUACUACCACCAGACAAGACUGGAACUGGCUGGACACCGGGAGUACGACACUUCCUUUUACUCCAAGCUGGACUUUGUUCUCAAUCAGAUAUCUCGGUGAGAGAGUAGGUUCAACAUUUUGUGACUCUCUCAUCGCCCAUUCUGCCGCCACUGUAAGAAGAGUUUAUUUGGUUUGCUAGACAUACAUUGGUACAUUGACCACUACCCACGAGCCUAUUAGACUCAGCACUCAUUUCUUAUAAACCUUGGACAUUUUUAAGAAAUGAUAGUAAUGGCAGUUGCAUUUAGUUAUGUUAAUAUAAGCAAUACUUAAUAUGAAUUAUAUAUGCAUUUAACUUUGAGAAUAUUGAGAACUUUCUUAGGUUUAGUCUGUUACAUAACUACACAUCAAUGCAGAAAACACAUGGAACAAGGAUAUAGGAACAGGCUAGACAUUUUACAUGUUUUUACCUGAAGGUUCCCUGUAUCAGGUUCUGUCGAUACAUGACAAGACUUACCUCAUAGAGAAAGAACAAUGGACACUGUGCAGAAACUCACCAUGUACACUCUUGACUAGUCUGUCUCACAGUCCCUGAACCAUAUUAUUUUCCCCA